UUUAAUUUUUUUUUUUUUUUUUGGAAGGAAUUGGCGAAGAAAAAGCCCCGAAGCCCAGCCCAGAGGCAGCCCCGCGUCCCGGCCGGCCCCCAUCGCCGGGGCCGGGGGAUGCGGGGCGGGCGCGGGGGCGGGCGCGGCGCCCCGCGGGGCCCCAGGUGAGCGCGGCGGGACGGGCCCCGCUCCCAGCCCCCGCUGCGAGCCCCGCACCGAGCCCGCAGCUCCCGCACCCAUGUCCCGGCCCGGCAGCCCCCGGCCGAGCCGCCCGCAGCAGCCCCGAGCCGAGCCGGUGCCGCCGCCAGAGGUGGCUGAGCCCUCGCUCCCUGCCCCGAGGCAGAUCCCAGCGCUGCCACCGGCGGAGCCCCGGUCCCCCGCCCGCCCCGCGGUGCCGAAGAAGGAGAAAGGCCUGGAAGAUGACAAAUCCCCGGCAGUGCUGACGAAAGGCCCCCGGGCCGAGCUCUGCGGCGCUCCCGAAGCUGUGACAUGCCAGCCCCAGGUGCGGCCACCCCCGCAGCCCCCCGGGCCCUGCACCCAGCUGCUGCCCAACGGCGCCGGCCGGGCGCCGGACCCGGGCGGUGCCAACGGGACCUGCCGGGCCGCGCCCAGCGCGCAGAAACCGCCCCGAAAGCUGCACCCGCACCACUCCAUCCACAGCCAGAGCAGCAAGAAGAGCAAGGGCAGCUCCAAGUCGCCCUCUUCCCACAUCCCCAUUGAGGCGCAGGAAGAUUGCUGCGUCCACUGCAUCCUCUCCUGCCUCUUCUGCGAGUUCCUGACCCUCUGCAACAUCGUGCUGGACUGUGCCACCUGCGGCUCCUGCACCUCCGAGGACUCCUGCAUCUGCUGCUGCUGCUGCAACUCGGGCGAGUGCGCGGACUGCGACCUGCCCUGCGACAUGGACUGCGGCAUCAUCGACGCCUGCUGCGAGUCCGCCGACUGCCUGGAGAUCUGCAUGGAGUGCUGCGGGCUCUGCUUCUCCUCCUGAGGGGCCCCGCCGGGCGGGGGGACCCACACCGGGACCCCCCAGGCUCUCCCGCAGCGGGCGAGGCUCCGGCCAGUCCCUCGGGAGACCUCGAGAAGGAGGAGGAGGAGGAGGAGGAGGAGGAGGAGGAGAGCGAAUCCCCCGCUGGAAUUCUCAUCCUUGGAACCGGAUCCUGCCCGGGGAAGGGUGAGCCCAGAGGGCCGCGGGGGCUCUG